GUCACGCGAUUUCCGGGAACCCGUCAGGAAGGACAUAAACAAAACAAACCCGAAGCAGCAUGGAGAGGGGCCGCGGCCCCCGCACCAGGACGGGCCCAAGCCCCUAAGCUCUCCUCUAAACACAGCACCAGCAGUUUCAUGCAGAACUACUUAAUGAAAACAGAGGUCCAAGCGAUUGAACUGAAGGUAUUCCGGUGAAAAUCUGCCACUUAUUGUAUAAAUUAUUUUUUAUCGUGAAUUUAAAGCUGGAAAGGAAUCUACAAGCAAGAAAAAAAAGUUUGGAAUUAGACUCUCAGGAUCUGGGCUUGGAAAUGCCUCAGCCUAGUGUAAGCGGAAUGGACCCACCUUUUGGGGAUGCCUUUCGAAGCCACACGUUUUCAGAACAGACUCUGAUGAGCACAGAUCUCUUAGCAAACAGUUCAGAUCCAGAUUUUAUGUAUGAACUGGAUAGAGAAAUGAACUACCAACAGAAUCCCAGAGACAACUUUCUUUCUUUGGAGGAGUGCAAAGAUGUUGAAAAUCUGGAGACUUUCACAGAUGUCCUGGAUAAUGAGGCUGCUUUAACCUCAAACUGGGAACAGUGGGAUACAUACUGUGAAGACUUAACAAAGUAUACUAAACUGACUAGCUGUGACAUCUGGGGAACAAAAGAAGUGGAUUACCUGGGUCUUGAUGACUUCUCUAGCCCCUACCAAGAUGAGGAGGUCAUAAGUAAAACUCCAACUUUGGCCCAACUUAAUAGUGAGGAUUCUCAGCCAGUAUCUGAUUCCCUUUAUUAUCCUGACUUGCUUUUUAGUGUCAAACAGAACCCCUUGACCUCUUCAUUCCCUGGGAAAAAGAUAGCAACCCGAGCUGCUGCCCCAGUGUGCUCAUCUAAGACUAUUCAGGCUGAGGUUCCUUUGUCAGACUGUGUUCAAAAGGCAAGCAAACCCACAUCAAGCACACAAAUCAUGGUGAAGACCAACUUGUAUCAUAAUGAAAAGGUGAAUUUUCAUGUUGAAUGUAAAGACUAUGUUAAAAAGGCAAAGGUAAAGAUCAAUCCAGUUCAGCAGACUCGGCCCUUGUUGAGCCAGGUUCAUGCUGAUGCAGCAAAAGAAAAUACCUGUUAUUGUGGAGCUGUAGCAAAGAGACAAGAAAAAAAAGGAAUCGAUACACUUCAGAGUCACAUAACUCCUACUUUGCCUUUUAAAGAGACCCAGGAACUACUUCUCAACCCUCCUCCCCAGGAGACUACAGGGUUAAUUGUGUCGGGAGAAAGCAGCAGUCUUUCUGCCAGCACAUCGGUCUCAGAUCCAUCCCAGAAAAAAGAAGAGCACAAUUAUUCUCUUUUUGUUUCCGACAACCUGGGUGAGCAACAAGCCAAGUGCAACCCCGAAGAUGAUGAAGAGGAUGAAGAUGAUGUUGAUGAUGAAGACCAUGAUGAAGGGUUUGGCAGUGAACAUGAGCUAUCCGAAAAUGAGGAGGAAGAAGAGGAAGAAGAAGAUUAUGAAGAUGACAAAGAUGAUGAUAUUAGUGACACUUUCUCUGAACCAGGUUAUGAAAAUGACUCAGUUGAAGACUUAAAGGAGAUGACUUCAGUAUCUUCGCGGAAGAGAGGCAAGAGAAGGUACUUCUGGGAGUAUAGUGAACAACUAACACCAUCACAACAAGAGAGGAUGCUAAGGCCAUCUGAAUGGAACAGAGACACUUUGCCAAGUAAUAUGUAUCAAAAAAAUGGCUUGCAUCAUGGAAAAUAUGCAGUAAAGAAGUCACGGAGAACUGAUGUUGAAGACCUGACUCCAAAUCCCAAAAAACUGCUUCAGAUUGGAAAUGAACUAAGGAAACUGAAUAAGGUGAUUAGUGAUCUGACACCAGUCAGUGAACUUCCCUUAACUGCCAGACCCAGGUCAAGGAAAGAAAAGAACAAGCUAGCUUCCAGGGCUUGCAGACUAAAGAAAAAAGCUCAAUAUGAAGCUAAUAAAGUGAAAUUAUGGGGUCUUAAUACAGAAUAUGAUAACUUGCUAUUUGUAAUCAAUUCUAUCAAGCAAGAGAUUGUAAACCGAGUGCAGAAUCCAAGAGAGGAUAGAGGACCCAACAUGGGACAAAAGCUUGACAUACUUAUUAAAGAUACUCUUGGCCUACCAGUUGCUGGACAAACCUCAGAAUUUGUGAACCAAGUGUUAGAGAAGACUGCAGAAGGAAACCCCACUGGAGGCCUAGUAGGACUAAGAAUACCAACAUCCAAAGUGUAAUUGGCCUCAAUUGACCACUACUCUCUGGUCAGAAUUAUGUCUGUGUUCAGUCAGGUUCUUCAUUGUAAAAUUUCAUUCUGUUCUGCAUGUCAGUUUAGCAUUAUGUAAACAUUUACAAUUAGGUUACAUUGUUUUAAUAACUAAAUAGUAUAAGUGAAGCAUGAUCCAAAAUACUUGAUUAUAGCAUUUUUCAGAGCAUAAACCAUAAUUAAAACUGCUUCUGGCAUUGGUAUGGAAACUUAUAUGUUUAUAAGUGGCUAUUUAGGACCAGGGUGCAAAAUCUAUAGAAGUCAAACUUGUUCUGCAAGUGAAAAUGUUAGCAAAUGCCAAAUGUUCCGGCAGGUUUAUGCUCUGAAUACAACACAAAAUUAAGAGGAAGCAUUUUUAAAAAUUGUCAGUUUAGAUUGUUUUUAGAAUUAUUGCUUUGUGUUCUAAUUUUUUUUCCCACAACCAUUAAUCUCACUUGUACAUAGCACACAUAGCAUUCAUGCUAGUGUGCCAUAUUAGACUUUAAUUUUCAGAGCUCAAUAUGAUAUAUAUAUAUAUAUGUCCGUGCAAGAAAAAAAAGCAUAUUCUUUGUGCCUUGUAUUUGGGGGAAAACUGUAGCUAUAAACUGGUAAUGUUUUGUAUGAUAACCCUAAUGAGGAAAAACAAGAUGUAUAGAUGGUGAAAAUUAUGGGGUUUAAAUGUUUUUGUUCCAACUCUUAAAAUUUUUUUGAAUGUAUAUAGGACUAUGUUGAAAUGUAGAUAUAUGCCACAGAGUCUGUGUAUUGUAUAAAAAAAAAAAAAAGAUGGCUCUAGAAAACUCAAUUUCGGUACUUGGCCGGAAGAAGACAAAUACUUGCACAUUAAUGCGAUUGUUUUAUUUUUUUGUACCAAAGACAAAUGCAACUGAUAUGGCGAACUGCCAGUCUAAGUAAAGUUUUGCACAGCUUACAUGAUACUGUAUUGAAUGUAUGAAAAAAAAAAAAAGGAAAAAAAAGAAAAAAAUCAAAAGGUCAGGGUUAGGGAUCUUACUGAACUGUGAAUUUUAUUUCUGUUUGGGUCCAAUUAUCUACAGAAGGAGCAUUCAUACAUACAAAUAUUAUUUUGCUGUUCCUCUAGUUCGCUUCCAUAGUAGAUAAGUUGGUGGCCAUUUAGGAGUUUGUAAAUCUUUUUUUCUGCACUUAUUGUAGGAAAUUUUAAUAUAUUUGCAUUUUAGUAAGCUAUUGGUAAAAUAGUUUUCAAUUUUGAGGAUUUAAAAAGUUUAUUUAGCUUGUUGUAGUAUACUUCCACCAAACAACCAAAAUACAGAUUAUUUUUAUUGUACUUGUAUAUAUAUAUGUAAAGAAAGAAAAAGCUACAAAUAUCUAAUUCUUUAGUUGCCACUUUUCCAAUUGAUGUAUUAUUGUGCAUGUAAUAUUUCCAAGGAUCAACACAAGCUUAAAACAAAAAAAAAAAUUUAUAGAUUUUUAUAUUUUUGUACAGGUAUUUCCAAACUAGCUUCUUCAAACUUACAUGUGACUUAUUCUUGUUAAUUCUAGUUUCUAUGAUUGAGAGAUAUAACACAUUUAGUUUUUAGGUGCUCUUUUGCUCAUAUAAAAGUCAGCUUCACUAGUCAGUGUUUAAACUGUGUUAAAGCUUUACCUAAGAGGUAUAAGAAAUCCCUUAUGUCAAGGCAGCAUCAUUCUCUGGGUUUGUGGACCUUCCCCCUGGGCUAUCCCUAAUUUUCCUUCCCUCUUCAUAUUCAUGCUCAGAUUUUGUUUGAGCUAUUACUGGAGGGGGUGGUGGUGACAGAAAAUUAAACCACGUUAAAGAAUCUACCCAACCAGAAUAAAAGUACUGAAAAGUUUCAAACUUAGGAAAGUCAUAGAGACCUCCCAUUUCUCCCUUGGAGUAUUUAUUUUUAAGUACAAUUUAUUUGUACUGUGUUUCCUUUUCUUUUCUUUUUUUUUUUUAACUGAAUCAGAUUUUUUUUAAUUCAAUUUUUUUUAUAAGUUUUAGAGUAUGAAGGUUUGAGUGAGUCCUACCAGUAAUAUGUGAACAUAUUGUACCUUGUUCCUAUAGUGCACACACAGUAUCAUGAAACUUUAUAGAAACUCCAAGGGGGGGAAGUCAUCAGCACUUGCACUAAAACUGUGAUGCACAUGUUUUCCCUAUACAUAUUUGAUAGAAACAUCCCUGAUUAGUUAGAGCACACUCUAGAGUAAACAGAUUACAAAACAAACAAAAUCUGGUUUUGAAAAUUUUGUUAGAUCUUUUUUGGUGGGGGAAGGAAGGCCAAGUACAAGUCUAUGACUUGGAAAGAUACAGAGAAUGUGUCUGGUAAAUUUUAAAAGUAUUGCCAAUACCACAGUUUUACAAUCAGGUGAAGAUCACUUUCAUGAUAGAGAUUCAACUGAUUGAUUUAUAAAAUGACCCAUUUUAGCGGCUCUAUUUUGAUCUUUUUUUUUUUUCCUGUCUAUAAACCAGAAUAUGAUUUUGGUCUCACAUUUCAAAAGAAAAAAGAAAAAAAAAAGAAAAAAUUCAAAAUCCAUGUAGUGGAUUAUCCUACUCUCUCAUUUCAGUGUUUUAUAUGUACAACUUAAGUUAAAUAGUUAAAAGCUUUUAAAUAGUUGAGCUUUUUAAUGUUGACACUUUAUUUUGUACCUAUUUAUAUAUGUAUGUAUAUCUUAGAAAAGCACUUUGUUAAAAAAAAAAAAAGAUUGCGUUUUAUAUGAUUCCUGCCAUUUGCUGCUAAAUCUGGGCUGGU